AUGGUGAAAAAGAAACUGUUGAAUUUUCCUAAAUUUUUAGAAGGCCUAAUGAAGACUUCAGAAAUUGGAGACUUGCACAUAAAGCAGUUCAAUGCCAUGCUGAACAUGAAUAUCAUCGAUAACGUGAUAUAUAAUACGGAUAGCAUGAAAUAUAAGGGAUUUGAGUUAUCAUUUGAAAAAGUUGAAAUACAUAAAGCAUACAACCUAAACAAGCUGGUAGAUAACAGGAUGUUUCCAAAUGAGGCGAGAGAGUCCAGUAGUACGUAUGGUGGCAACAUGUUCAUAAAGGCCAAACUGACGUACAACGAUGAGGUGCUCUAUGACGAUUUCAGGUCAGCAGGGAAGUUUCCAAUUAUGCUCAAAAGCAAAUUGUGUCAUUUGGAGAAGGCGUCUGAGAAUGAGAGUCGCAGUGUGAGAGAAGAUCCACACGAAAACGGAGGCUAUUUCGUCAUUGGUGGAUACGACAGACUCGUGCGAUUCCAUAUCGCAUUCAAACGAAACUGGUUUUAUGCAAUCUAUAACAACUCAAAAGAUAGCAAAUUCACAGGCUACUCCUGUUUCAUCAGAUCAGUUGGUGAUGAUGAAAUAGGACAGAAGAAUGAGAUAAUCCACGCAACAGACGGAAACAUCCUGUUCAAAUGCUGGUUUUAUAAGAGGGCAUAUUUCAUACCAGUAAUCUACGUUCUCAGAGCACUAAAGAGCGUAACAGAUGAAGAACUGUACAAUCUACUUGAUAAGAACCACAGGGCAACCGAAUUCAUCUCCGAUCCAAACUUGUCAAAAUGCUUUGGCAAAAAAGAAACCAGGGACUUCUUGGCCGAAAGAUUCAAAUUUGUUUUCAGGGGAUCAGACGAACCAGGCGAACUUCUCCUUGAAAAAAUUCUACCGCAUUUGAACUCGUCACAGGACAAGUUCAACUUGAUCAUCCAUGCAAUCAGAAAACUGUUUCUGGUGAUUGAUAAGAAGAUCGAGCCAGACAACAUCGACCUGGCUUCGAAUCAUGAACUGUACACUGAGGCCCAACUGAUUCCCCUCUGCAUUAGAGAGCGACUUGAAGAAAUCAAAAAGGCUUUCAAGAUCAAAUUGAUGAAAUACCUGAAGGAGAUCAUUUCCAAAAAUGAGGACGAAAUCACCAGCACCCAGGGAAGCACAGUCUGCCCAUCCAACAUCAACAUGUCUGAGACACUCAAUGACACUGCUGGAAGCCUGCCCUUUGUCAUGGAUAACUCCAAAUUGAUCAAAAUCAACGAUAUUCUAAAAAGAGUCGAAUUCGACAUUGGUGCAAAAAUAGAGCGAUUUCUUUCAACUGGAACAAUCUCAACCUACAGCUGCUCCGAUCUGCUUCAGACUUCCGGCUUCACAAUUGUCGCAGAACGAAUCAAUUUCUGGCGAUUUGCUUCUCAUUUCCACUCAGUUGCCCGUGGAUCAUUUUUUGCGAGUCUCAAGAUCACUUCGAUCAGAAAAUUGCGACCUGAGUCCUUUGGAUUCUUCUGCCCAGUCAACACGCCUGAUGGAUCUCCAUGUGGCCUCCUAACGCACCUAACGAAGAACUGCGAACUCACCGAUGAUAAAAACACCUUUGAUUCAAACACGCUCUACAAACUCGGAGUGGAAUAUUUUAGCGGUGUCUCCUGCACCAAAACAGUCGUCUUCUACAACGGCAAAAUAGUCGGAUACACCCAGAAACCAGAAGAAGUGGCAAAUGCCCUAAGAAGAAUCAGAAACAGAAAUGGCCUUAAAAUUGAGAUUGUACACGAAAGUGGUUCAAACAAGGAGGAAUUCUUAAGCAUCUGCGAUGACAUAAGCAGCCUUAUUAGAAAAGUGAGAAAUAUUGGAGAAAACAACCUGGAAUACAUUGGGAUACGAGAACAAGUCUAUUUAGACAUAAAACUAGUAGAGAAUCAGGGUGAUAAAUUCAAGUACGCUGAAAUAGACACAGAUGCCCUGUUUUCAACAGUAGCAUCCUGUAUAGCAUUUGGAGACCACAAUCCAUCACCAAGAAACAUGUAUCAGUGUCAGAUGGCAAAACAGGCCAUGGGAAUACCAUCGUAUACCCAGUCGAGUAGAACGGACAACAAGGCCUACGUCGUAAACUACCUGCAGCAUCCACUGAUCAAAACCAGUUCGUACGAGACAUUUGAGCGAUUUCCUCUUGGAUUCAACUGCAUCGUGGCCGUCUUGUCCUACACGGCCUACGACAUGGAGGAUGCGGUGGUGCUGAACAAGUCGGCCGUAGAACGUGGUCUCUUUGGUGGAUUCGUCACAAAAUGCACGAAGUUCGACCUAGAAAGAGACAGUCGAAUCAUCAAAACAGCCUCUGUUGGUUCGAUUCUCAAGAAGGGUGAUAUUUUAUUAGUGCAUAAAUCAGAUGGCCUACUGAAAUACGAGAAAUACGACAGUAAUGAAAGUGGAAUAGUUGAGAAAGUGAGGGUGUUUCAGAAUGACGAAAAGUGCUCAGUGAAGAAGGGCGUAUCCAUCACGCUUCGUACAGUCAGAAACCCAGUCAUCGGCGACAAGUUCUGCAGCCGCCACGGCCAGAAGGGCGUCUGCUCGUUCCUGUGGCCUGAGACAGACAUGCCCUUUACGGAAGACGGAACACGCCCAGACAUCAUCAUCAACCCACACGCCUUCUCAAGUCGAAUGACAAUCGGAAUGCUGAUUGAGUCGAUGUGUGGAAAGGCAGCCGUAAAGCAGGCUGAGCCAGUCGAGGCCAAGAUGUUUCAUGCCAAUUCAGACACAAACAAAAUCACUAAGCAUAAUAUCCACAAUAAGCUUAUUUCACAUGGGCUGAAUUACCACGGCAAUGAACCAAUGUAUUCUGGGCUACUUGGAACUGAAAUGCGAACUGACAUCUUCGUAGGCGUCGUCUACUACCAGCGACUGCGUCACAUGGUCUCAGACAAGUUCCAGGUCCGCACUGGUGGCCCCGUUGUGAGCACGACCCACCAGCCUGUCAAAGGAAGAAAGUCAGGUGGUGGAAUACGCUUUGGUGAGAUGGAAAGAGACGCCCUGAUUGCCCACGGUGCUGCUGGCCUGCUCAUCGACCGCCUUGUCGACUCCUCUGAUCGCACUGUCUUCCAGUACUGCUACUCCUGUAAGUCAAUCAUGUUCAGUAGUCGAACUAGUCAGUGCAAGUGUGGUGGUAGAAGACACAAGAAUGUUGUGAUGCCAUACGUGUUCAAGUACCUUCUUGCUGAGUUGAUGUCCAUGAAUAUUAAGGUGGUACUAGAGUAG